AUGUCAGCACUGUAUUUUCAAAAUUUACCCAGUAGACCAGGGAACAAAGAAAACUAUACCAGAUUGCUCUUAAAACACAUCAAUCCCAACAACAAAUACGUUAUAAAUCCAUCAUUGCCCCUUCCCAACAACAAACUACAAACUACUGCACAACCCCCCACGUUAUUAGAUGACCAAAUAGGCCUAGUAGAACUCUCCAUUUCACGAUCUUCCAAGAUGUCCAACCAAGGAUUUCUGACUUUUGCCAGUCAUGUUGAUGCAAACAAGUUCUUAACCAAGUACACCACGACAGCACUGAAGAUUCAGGGACGUAAAGUCAAAAUAGCGGCGGCCCGUACGAAUUCGUUAUUGGGGCUUUCAAUGGAAAUGCAAAAUAAAGAUAGUGGUAAAAGCCCCCAUUCGACCUUGAAGAAAGUGCUAAGGACCAGAAAACUCAAAUCCAAAUUACGCAACGAUGACACUUAUGCAAAGAAAUGCAAGCUAAAAAGGCAAAUAAGACGUCUAAAACAUAAAUUGAGAUUGAAAGCUAUAGAUGAUAGUGAAUUUAGUAGGAUUGUCAAAGAGUUUGAAGCCCGUAGACUACAGGAAAUGGAGUCCCAACGAGAAAAACCAAAAGAAUUGCAAGAUUUUUCGAAAGAAGCCAGAAUCUCAAACACAAUAGAGAAUCCACCGAACAAAGUCUUGCUUGUACAAAAUUUACCAAGCGGCACUACAGAUGCGUCAUUAUCACAGAUACUUGGAAACGAAGCUCUAGUCGAAAUACGAUUAGUCAGCGUCCGAAACCUAGCUUUCAUCGAAUACAAGACUGUUUCGGAUGCUACAAAAAUCAAGAAUCAAUUGGGUCCCGUUUACAAAUUGAAAGACAACGAUGUUACCAUAGGAUACGCUAAGUAG